UUGGAUCAUGGCAAGGCUUAAGAAGAAGGGUGAGUCUGGAUCGGCGGUGUUGUACAUGACGAGGGAGAGAGCGCUCCGAAAGUUGCGACUGACGUUGCCCCAAUUCCGAAAGCUUUGCAUUUUGAAGGGCAUUUAUCCUCGAAAUCCGAAGCGAAAGCUUCGAAACAGUAAGAGGACGUAUUACUACGUAAAAGACAUUCGCUACAUGAGCCAUGACCCGAUGAUCCAGAACUUUCGUGACCACCAGAUAUGGCUCAGAAGGCUAAGGAGUGCGAAGAUGAGGAGGCUGCCCGAGAAGGUGAAAUCGCUUCUGGAGAACGAGCCCAAAUGUUCGCUGGACUAUUUGGUGAAGGAGAGGUAUCCAACGUUCAUGGACGCACUGAGGGACUUGGACGAUGCGUUGAUCAUGAUUCAUUUGUUCUCGACGAUACCCAGCGACGUCGUUUCUCCAGACCGCGUUGAAAAUUGUACUCGCCUGUGUCGAGAGUUUCAGCACUAUGUGAUACACACAAGGUCUCUGAGGAAGGUGUUCAUAUCCAUUAAGGGUAUUUACUUUCAGGCCAGAAUUAUGGAGACGGACGUUACUUGGAUGGUUCCUCACACAUUUACCUAUACAAAGGAUGACGACGUCGACUACGACGUGAUGCUGACUUUCUUGUCGUUUUACGAGGUUUUGAUGGGUUUCGUGAACUACAGACUGUAUCACACGAUUGGCCAGGGGUAUCCCCCGGCGCUCGGUGCCGAGAAGGACCAGUUCGAGCGCCGACUCGAGGCGCCGGCGGCCAAAAGAUCCUCUCGGAAGGGGGACUCGUCUGCAUCUGGAAAGGGGGAUGACGGCAGUUUGGAGAAAAUACAGGAGGCUUUGGCCGGUAUCGAGGCGUCAGAGGAGGAGGAGGAGGAGGAGAGGGCCCUGGAAGAGGGGUACUUGGAUCAAAAUCACGAAUUUAAAAAUUUAUUUUCUCGAUUUACUUUUUUUUUGAAUCGAGAAGUUUCUCAUGGGUACAUGGAGUUCAUCAUUCGAUGUUUUGGAGGCUCUGUAUUUUACCAGAGCACGCGUCCCGACUUAGAAGAUGCGGAAUGCAUCACGCACCAAGUGGUUGACCGCGGAAAGGACGUACCGAAUCGCAGACUCGACCGCGAGUACGUUCAACCUCAAUGGGUCUUCGACUGCAUCAACGCGCGAAAGCUGCUUCCCACCACGUCGUACGGGCCGACGGCGUGUCUGCCGCCUCACCUGUCGCCCUUCGUUGUCGGGGAAAAAUCUGGAGAAAAAGUUGGGGAGGCGGCGGACGACUCGGCCGCCUGUCGCGAGUCGGACCAGCUCGAGGAAAGCUCCAGCGAGCAAGAACUGGUGUACGAAAAAGAGCUCCUGGAAGAAACGCGUCCGUCCGAAAACGCCCAGCCAUCUCUGAUAGAGCAACUGAAAUUGCGGGCGCUCGAGAAAAAACGAGCCGCGCAAAAGGAACGACAGAGCCUCGAGCAGCUCAGACACUCGAUGCUGCCCUCGAAGCCGAGGCGACUGCUGAAGUUCAUAGAAAACAGGGAGAAACUCAGGAACAGGUACAGAAAGCACAUCGAAGACAAAGCCAAAUUGCUGUCUUCUAAAAAACUGGUCAAUCGAGACGGCGUCUUGGUCGAAAACCAAAUUCUCGAAUAGACAAUAAACGGCUGUUUUUUUUUUUAAUGAAAAA